GCUGAGGUAAAGCCGGAGCCGAGCGCGAGCGCGUGUCGGGUGGGCGCUUGCCUGCCUCGGCGGCGCAUGGAGGCGAUGCCUUGCCACGACCAGCGGGUGGGCUCGGCGGCCGCGUCCCGGCAGCAGCAGGAGGCGGGAGACCACGACUGCCCGGGGACCGGGAGCGGCGGCGGCGCUGCUUCGCGGCAGCUCCGCUUCGCCGACCCCGGCGCCGACAGCAGCCCCAGCCCGGACAGCAGCAGCAGCUGCUGCUGUAGCGGCAGUGGCAACGGGCGCUGCUGCUACUGCUCCGGCAGCAACGGGGCCCCGGACGCGGCGCCGUCCCCGCCUCGCGACCUGGCGGCGGGCGCCCAGCUCAAGCUGCUGCCCAUGAACGACCAGAUCCGGGAGCUGCAGACCAUCAUCCGGGACAAAACAGCCAGUAGAGGUGACUUUGUAUUUUCUGCUGAUCGCCUGAUCAGGCUUGUGGUUGAAGAGGGACUGAAUCAGCUGCCAUACACAGAAUGCACAGUGACCACUCCAACAGGAUACAAGUAUGAAGGGGUGAAAUUUGAAAAGGGAAACUGUGGAGUCAGCAUAAUGAGAAGUGGAGAGGCAAUGGAACAGGGUUUGCGUGACUGCUGCAGAUCCAUCCGAAUAGGGAAGAUCCUGAUACAGAGUGACGAAGAGACCCAGAGAGCCAAAGUGUACUAUGCAAAGUUCCCACCAGAUAUCUACAGGAGAAAAGUUCUCCUCAUGUACCCAAUACUAAGCACUGGCAACACUGUGAUUGAGGCUGUAAAGGUUCUUAUAGAACAUGGAGUUCAGCCAAACGUCAUCAUCCUACUGAGUCUAUUCUCUACACCCCAUGGUGCCAAAUCAAUAAUCCAGGAAUUCCCAGAUAUCACAAUUUUAACAACGGAAGUUCAUCCUGUUGCACCCACACACUUUGGACAGAAGUAUUUUGGAACGGACUGAAGUACUUAACCAGUUUGUGUUUUGUUACUGUAUGAUAUUACUAUACUGUUUUUCUACGUUUUAUAAUUUGAAGUGGAGAUAUCUUUCAGUAUAUUUAACAUCUCUUUUCUUUUGCCAAAGGUGAAAAGACCUAGGCCAAUUUUUUUUUUAUUUAUAAGAAGAAAUAUUUGGUCUUAAGUUCAGUUUUUAUUUUAGCAAUGAGUUGAGGGGCAAACACAUCAGGAUUUGACAGACUUCUAAUAAUGCACGUGUCCGAAUUGCUGCAUUCAUAGUUCCUUUUAUUUAUUCUUUUGUAGCCAGUUUUAAGUGGCUGCUUGCAACUGUAAAAUAAAAUAACUGUGAAGGCA